CCUCGUCGAACGCAGUGAGACGGACGAUAUUUGUGGAAAAACGGCCACGCGAUACCGGGGACAUUUGUUUACAAUCGCACGCGGUAUAACAGUAUUUACCCUCGUAUCGAAUUGUGUUUUUUUAUUUGUGAAUGUGAACGAUGACUCAGGCCAGCUGUUCAGUUUGUUGACGCGAUCGUUAGUCGUUUAAUGUUGUUGGCAUUUUCUGAUGCCCUGGCCUCAUGAACAACUGGAGAAAUUGUUAGUGAAAUUACUGGAGUUAAUCGGCGUGAGGGCGCGGGGAUUUUUAAUCCCGUUGGCUUUUUCUACUGGCAAGACAUUCAGCGGAGAAUCGGCGAUUUUUCUUCAUCGGGAAAAUGGUGUACGGCGGCGGAUUCGAGAUGGAAACGAUGCCACAAACAGUGCCAACGGCCGCAGGCUUCUCGCCCACAUUCGACUACACGACCUUUCAAUUUGAUCUGUCCCUUCUGCCCGACGAUUACACGACAUCCAUCACUCAGACAACCCUGAAGGCACCACAGAUUAAACAAGAGGUGCACUCACCGCGUCCAGGAUCCCCAACGACCUACCCAAGUCCCCCAUAUCCCGGUCUCACUGGCCAAUUGUCCCCGAAUUAUUCACGUGAGGCAUCACCGGGGUAUCCUACAAGUCCUUACUACGUACCCCAAAGCCCCCAGAGUGCACAAUUGUAUCCGACGAGUCCGGAGCCAGUGAAGCAGCCGGUGAAGAGGGAGAAGAGUCUGGAUCUACUUGCGAUACUUCAGGAGUCGAGACUCUUGGCAGAGAGUCUCGGUUAUAAGGAAGACUCCACCGACUGCACAGUCCCCUGCACACCCCCACGCACCGAGGAAGACAUCUACAACACCCUGGACACUGAUUUCUUCCCCAAACGAGAGGAAUCCAACCCUCUGCUCAAGGAGAUUCUCUUCAAAGAGGAGCCCCGCUCAAUCAGCUCCUCCCAGUCGUCCUCACCAGCUCCACUGGAGCUAGAAACCUCGCCACUUCGCACCCUCCUCUUCAAGGACACCCGGAAGGACUCGGUCCUGCCAGAAACCCCCAAAAAUACUCCACUCAUUCCGAAGAUUGAACUCCAGGACGCGGAUCCUCUCUGUCGGGAGGACGAAAUAUUCAAGGAUAAUCAGAAGAACGAUCAUCAACUGCUGAGGGAGGUCCUCAGGGACACCAGCUUCCAGAGGAAGUAUAAUCUCAGACCUGUGGAACUCGGGGGAGUUGGCACUGGAUUUGUGGAGGAUAUGGACAGCAGUGAGUGCGUUGGAGAUCUCGCACGUGAACAGAUCGAACCUGUCCUGAGUCUGGCUAUUCAACAGCUCCAGAAGGACUUCGAUAACACUUGCGUCGCCCUGGGAAUUCAUCCUGAGCCCCGUCGUUGGAGUGCAGCAGACGUAGCAGCAUGGGUCCAAUGGGCGAGGAGACAGCUCCAGUUGCCGUCGGUCCCUCUGGACAGCUUCAACAUCGAUGGCGCAACUCUUGCCUCCCUCACUGAGGAGGAAUUCUGCCAGCGAGCGCCCCAGUGUGGAAGUAUGCUGUAUGCACAAUUGGAAAUUUGGAAAGCAGCGGUUGAAGAAUCACCGAGAAAUACACUAGCCGCAUCCUGGAGUCCAGCUGGUGUUGUACAGCCAGCGAGUAAUGGGAAUCCCAGUCCGUCAUCGUCGAUGACCAGCGCUGGACCUGCCAGUGUUACAGCCUCAUCUUGUACCAUGGACUACAGCGAUGAUGAAGAUGAAGACUCAAGUCCAGUGCAGACCCCGACAGGCGGUGGAAAAAUGCGCAACGGAGGCUCUCACAUUCACCUCUGGCAGUUCCUGAAGGAGCUCCUGCAGAGCCCCGGACUCCAUGGCUCCUGUAUCCGCUGGCUGGAUCGCACAAAGGGUGUCUUCAAGAUCGAGGACUCCGUCAGAGUCGCCAGACUCUGGGGCAAACGCAAAAAUCGGCCGGCGAUGAACUACGAUAAACUCAGCCGUAGCAUCAGGCAGUACUACAAGAAGGGCAUCAUGAAGAAGACCGAGCGCAGCCAGAGGUUAGUCUACCAGUUCUGUCAUCCCUACAGUCUCUGAACCCGUUCGGAAAGCACAAGGUAGAUCUCGAUCUUCGUUCCAAUAAACACCUGCUGUUCUAAUUAAUCAUCAUCGAUUCGUGGAGAGGAAAAAAAUUACUCGAAUAGAACCCUUUGCUUGCAUGAAAAAUCUCGAGGCAAUUCGUCUUCUGGAUGAUCACCAGAAUGUCCUCUCACGUUUACCUCGAGUUACUUAUCUCCGAGAUAAUCAACUAAUUAUUUGAUUAAUUGGUCUAUAGCUCAUCUAUUUUCAUGAUUAAAUUAAUGAAAAUGGAACAUUGAUCGAGACGAUGGAUGACACAGUACUUCUGGCUCUUUCUCACGAAAGACUCCCGAAGUUAUCGUGCGAUUGUAAAUUUUUGCGUGAAUGACGAAUCAAAUUCAAAGCGAUAAAGAUUCAAGUGAUUGUGAUUGAUGAGUGACUUAAUAAAAAAGAAUAUAUCCACCGUUGUUGGAUCAUUGCGUCGACAAGCGGCGUUGAUCCACGGCUGGGUGAUAAGAGUACGCCUAUUUUCGGCGAUCAUUAACAUUAAGAAAAA